AUGAAUGUCGGUGAAAAUAAAACCCAUGUUGGUAUUAUAAACUACUCAGAUUUAGCUGAGAUUGUGACGUCACUAAACACUGAUUAUACUCUUGAUCAAAAACUUCAACGACUCAAUCAUCAAGUCAAGCAUUUUUCUGUUAGUGCAUUUACACAUCUUGGACUUCAGCAAGCAUUAGAUAUUUUCUCAUCUGCACGUGGCCUUCGACAACCAGAAGAAGGUGUCAUGCAGGUCUUAUUUUUAAUUACUCAUCAUGCAGGUGGUGAUCAAAAUGCAGCCAAUCAGGCUGCUCAAGUUCUAAAAGCAAGAGGUAUUCAUUUGAUUACUGUCGGCGUAGGCAGUAGUCUUAAUUUGAAAGAACUCCACGCUAUUUGUACACUACCGGAGACCGAUAAUUGUUUUCAAAUAACAAACAAUGUAGCUGUUGAACAGAAACUAAAUCAAAUUACAUCCCGAGUGUGUUCGGAACCAGUUAUCAUCAUGCCAAAUUCGACUAUCAUCGAUGAAGUCGAUGUAAAUAAGCAUUACAAUGGUGCCAAAGAAACUCGUAAUGAACUUUAG